AUGUUUAUCCGCCUCUCCACUGCUGCUUUCGUUAUUCUCAGCUUGAUGGCUGUCAACGCUGGGAUAGUACCAGCUACUCGCGCUGUUGGUGAACUUGACAAGCGUAGCGACACCGUGGGCAACUAUGCAGAACCAGACAUGUACGCAGAACCAGACAUGUACGCAGAUCCAUUUGAUCCGUAG